AUGGGUGGUGAAACUAUACUAAAGCCAGAGCUCAAGAGCUCCUAUCCUGUCAGGUCCGAAGGACCUAAGGGUAAGUUGAUAUCUAAUCUCUACAAAGAUCGAAUUGGUCAAUUCUAUGCCGGCGGACAAUAUGAAGGACACAACUUACGAGCAAUGUUGAACGAAGGGGUCGCAUCUGGAGAACCGCACAUCAAACUUUCGGUCUGGGACGCUCCGGACCUUUCUCGACCCACCUUCAAAGAUGCCACGAGCCACGAAUUUAGAUCAACACACAUUGGAGAAGCUUUCGGUCCUUCAUGGUCAACCCAUUGGUUCAAAGUAGGAAUAACGGUCCCGUCGGAGUUCCAGAAAAAGGAUCUAUUGGAGUUGCAUUGGGAUGCCAACAAUGAAGGAAUGGUAUGGACCGAGGACGGCAACCCUCUUCAGGGAUUGACCGGAGGUGGUGAGAGAGUUGAAUGGGUCUUGCCGGAUAAUUUCCGCGAUGGAAAGGAACACACAAUCUAUAUUGAGAUGGCCUGCAACGGGAUGUUCGGUAAUGCCCCAGGUGGCGACUCCAUUCAACCCCCGAAUCCGAAUAAAUAUUUCCAACUAUCAAAGGCCGAGAUUGUGGCUGUAAACGUUGAAGCCCGAGCUUUAUGGAUUGAUAUCUGGGAAAUUAAUGAUGCUGCUAAAGAAUUCCCAUCGGACUCAUGGGAACAACAUAAAGCAUUGAGGGUUGCAAAUGAUAUAAUUGAUGCUUUCGAGUUGGGAAACCAAGAUUCAAUCAUCAAAGGCCGAAAAAUUGCACAAGAAUAUCUGGGUGAGAAUAUCAACUCAUCUGCGGUUUAUGAGACUGGCACAAAACCUAUUGUUUAUGGUAUCGGCCAUUGCCAUAUCGACACCUGUUGGCUUUGGCCAUGGGCUGAGACCAAAAGAAAAGUUGCUAGGUCUUGGUCGAAUCAAUGUGAUCUUAUGGACCGUUACCCCGAGCAUCGUUUUGCUGUCUCCCAGGCUCAACAGUAUAAAUGGUUGAAACAGUACUAUCCAUACGUGUUUGAUCGGGUGAAGGAAAAGGUCAAACAAGGAAAAUUCCAACCUGUCGGAGGCAGUUGGGUUGAGCAUGACACUAAUCUGCCUAGUGGUGAGUCCCUCGUGCGUCAAUUUUUGUAUGGUCAAAGGUUUUUUGAAAGCAACUUCGGAGAGAGAUCCAAGACAUUUUGGCUACCAGAUACUUUUGGUUACUCGAGUCAACUUCCUCAGCUGUGUCGCCUGGCAGGGAUGAAACGCUUCUUCACUCAAAAGCUCAGCUGGAAUAACAUCAACAAUUUCCCACAUACCACAUUCAAUUGGGUAUCUCUAGAUGGUAGCCAGGUCAUUUGUCACAUGGCACCUUCCGAGACAUAUACUGCAAAUGCUGAUUUCGGUGAUGUAAGAAGAUCAGUAACACAGCACAAAUCUAUGGAUCAAGAUGAGACGUCACUUCUUGUCUUUGGAAAGGGUGAUGGUGGUGGAGGACCAACGUGGCAGAUGAUUGAGAAGCUCAGACGUCUUCGUGGAAUGAGCGAUACUACUGGACUUAUACCUAGAGUUCAUAUGGGUAACUCCGUUGACGAUUUCUUUGAUCGCUUGGAGGGAAGGGUCUCUGAGGGUCUAGACUUGGUGACCUGGUACGGUGAAUUAUAUUUUGAGCUUCACCGUGGAACCUACACAACGCAAGCGAACAACAAGCGUAAUAACAGAAAUUCUGAAAUUAUGCUACACAAUAUUGAACUUCUCUCAACAAUCGCCAGUCUCAAAACCAAGGACUUUAAGUAUCCAAAAGAGGAUAUUGACGAUAUGUGGGAGGCUGUAUUAUUGUGUCAGUUCCAUGACUGCCUACCAGGAUCAUCUAUUGAGAUGUGUUACGACGACAGUGAUGAGCUAUAUGCCAAGGUAUUUAAGACUGGUGAGAAGAUUCUCAAAGAGCUUUACAAGACUCUAGGUGUAGGCCAAGCCGAAGACUCGUCCAAGGAUGGCGAUCUUGUGGCCCUGAACACGAUGCCAUGGCACAGAAGAGAGAUCGUGCCACUUAGCGAUAACACAGCCGGAGUUGCUUGUGGACAAGGCAGUCUCUUGAAUAUUAAGACUUUCAAGAUUGCAGAGACACCCGAAGUGACUGUCAAAGAAGUCAGAGAGGGUGUUUUUGUGCUACAAAAUGAACAGCUCAAAGUCCAAGUCGAAGGCGGCGCAAUUACUUCUCUGUAUGAUCUACAAGCUGAGAGAGAAAUAGUAGCCAAAGGAGGUAAAGCCAACCAGCUUGUCAUAUUUGAUGAUAAACCACUUUAUUGGCAAGCUUGGGAUGUGGAAGUUUUCCACUUGGAUUCCCGCAAGGAGUUGCCUGCAGGAAAUACUAAGAUUGUGCAGAGUGAUGCCCACAGAGUCAGUGUAAUGACUGAGACUAAGAUCAGCAAAGACAGCUGGAUAAAGACUCAUAUCAGUUUGUCAGCCGCAUUCAAGGGUCAACAAUCUUAUGUUGAAAUGGAAAGCGAAGUUGAAUGGAGGGAAAGUAUGAAGUUCCUCAAGGUUGAAUUCCCAGUUGAUAUUCGAAACACGGAGGCAUCCUAUGAGACACAAUUCGGUAUCGUUAAACGACCUACUCACUACAACACUACCUGGGACAUGGCCAAGUUCGAAGUAUGCUGUCACAAAUUCGCCGAUCUUUCUGAGAAUCAAUACGGUGUUUCCAUUCUGAAUGAUAGCAAAUAUGGCUUUGCUACUUGUGGCAAUGUGAUGCGCUUGUCACUUCUUCGAGCCCCCAAAGCGCCAGAUGCACAUGCAGAUAUGGGUCGUCACCACAUUCGUUGGGCUAUUCUGCCUCAUCAAGGAGGUCUUGGCUCGACUACCGUUCGCACGGCAUUCAACUUCAACAAUCCAUUGAAGCUUUGCAAGGCUUCGAAGGGUGUUCAAACCAACGCAUUUGAUAGUCCAAUCAAACUUACGGGGGACCCGUCAUUGAUCCUAGAUACUGUUAAGCGUGGUGAAGAUGACGAGGAUGUCAGCCGUGGUGAAUUAGCAAAGAGAAAGGGCCAAAGUGUCAUUUUGAGAAUCUACGAUAGUUUAGGUGGAACUAGUAAGGGAACAAUUGAGACGACACUGGAUGUGAAGAGGGUUUGGAAGACCAAUGUUUUGGAGGAUGAUGAAGAAGAGCUUAAGAUCAAGGAAGGAAAGGUCUCGAUCACAUUGAAGCCCUUCGAGGUAGGCACAUUCAGAUUGCAGUUGUAG